AAGUCGACUCUUGAGACAYAAACAUCAGUCACUAAAUGGAUUCGUUUCCAGAGUUAAGAAACUAUUACUUAAGCGAAAUGAAUAGCGAUCUAACACUUGUGGUUGAAGGCCAUCGAUUGCCGGCUCAUCGGUUUGUUUUGGCCGCCAAGAGUCCAGUGUUUAAUGCCAUGUUUUACGGCGACCUAAUGGAAAGUACGGCCCGAGAAGUGGACAUUCGGGAGGCGCCGGUCGAUGCGUUCAGAGUUAUGCUCCGUUAUAUCUAUAGCGAACGUUUCGAGAUGGACAACGAUAAAGACUUUCAACAGGCAAUACAAGUGUUCAAACUUGGGCACAGGUAUCAAUUGCACCGACUGGUACAGUACAUCGAACAGUAUCUAAUUACUAUGCUAAAAAAGCAUAACUAUAUACGACUGAGCGACACCAUUACCAGUGCCUCCUAUGAUGACUUUCUCCGGAGUCGUCGAUUUGAUAAUAGUUUACUAUCAGUGAUCGAUAACAUCGCCACUAUCUAUGAGUUUGCUGUACUCUAUGAGCURACAGAACUGGUGAAUGCGUGCCAACGGUUUAUCGCCAAAAAUAGUAAACUGAUUGUCAAAAAGAAGUCCUAUUUGACCGAAAGUUUCGAUACCAUGGAGUCUAUACUCGGUCUGAUGCAAACCAAUCCGGCCGUUAUUGUACAGGCGCUACAAAAGAUACGUGACCAGCAUCCCGGUGCCGAUAUGAGCCAAUUUGAACGACUCGUUAAUUUUGAUACCUGUUCAGUUGAUGACAUCCAGAGUGUUCGUACGAUCCGAUUGUUCAGCGAUGACAAACUGUUUGAUGUACUCAUUGCUAAAUACAARACACUACAGUUAGAGAUGAACAAAGUGGUCAAAGAUAGGCGGGCGUGAUAAAGAUGACUGUCCAUUAUAUUUAAAAAUUUAGUAAUUUAAUUGUAAAUAUUUUUUCCUAAUUAUUUUUUUUUGUUAAUAAUGUGAUAAU